AUCUGGUCGUCUUGAGGCAGGGAGGGAGGAAUCGAAUCGCAGGCUCUGACAUCGAUGUUGUCAUCUUCCUCCUCCUCCAAAAAAAAUCCCCCAUAAAAAGUGAAAAGUUUAAUUACCCAUCUUGUUUGAUUCAAAUGUCUGUAAAAGGGUUUCGCAUUGUUUGAAUCUCUGCUCCUGUAGAUCACUACCAAUUGGGGAUUUUUCAAACCAGGAGGAGGCAGUUGCAGCGAAAUUCACGCUCGAUUUGCUGAGUGCGAAAUGAUGAUGGCUGCCCGCAUUGUUGAUGAGAAAUGGAGUGGGAAGACGAUGGAAGGAGGUGAAGGUUUGAGAACAGUGGAGUGUUUGAGAGGAAGAUUGCUUGCAGAACGAGCGGCUUCCAGGGCUGCCAAAGAGGAAUCAGAGCAAAUGGGUACCAAGCUUACCGAGCUUGAGAACCAGUUGAGGGAAGAAACCAAAGCAAGAGACAGGGCAGAGAAGAGGCUGAAACUGUUCUUGAAGAAGCUCGAGUCCAUGAAUAUACCAUAUGUUUCAGAGGACUCCGAUCAAUCAAGCUUGUUGGAGAAGAGUGACCUGUCCUCCGUGUCAUCCACAGCCUCUUCUUCUGGUGCCAAAGAACCAGAAGCUAAAGUGCCCCAAACCCAGAUCAACGACCCUCCAAAAUGUGAGUCAACGGCCUCACAGGAAUUGGAGGACAACGCUUCACAAACUGCUUCCUCCAAUCAAGGCCAUUGUUGUCCAGUUGAAGAGCCUCUCACUUCCCCAGAAAGGGCCAAUUCUCAAGAAGCCAACAGUGAGCUUGAUUCAAGUAGAGGCUGUGAUAAUCUAAAGCCAGAUAAUCGACAUAGUUCCACGAGCUCGAGCUCUUCAGUGGAAAGGGGCGAUACUGAUGGAGGAAACAAUGAUGAAGGAAACGGAGAAGAAGCUGAGGACGAGUGUAUUGAUAACUCAAUGGCACUGGUAGCAGUUGAUUUGGCAAAGGCUUCUUCAAAACCCACAGAUCCAGUUAUCCUGGACGCAAAUGUGAAAGAAGCCCUUGAAGCUCUGAGGCAUGCUAGAGAAAUGCUACAGUGCUCAAUGGAAAGAAGAGAUGCGACCAGAGUUGGGGUCAUGAAGUGCAGGGAACAUGUGUGAUAAUAAGUCCCAGCACAGACGACAAGCAUGGAGCAGGACCAUAACACUUUUGCAUUAGGGAAAUGUUGGCUUUUGAAUUGAGGCAUAGACAAGUGGAGUGAUUGUACCCUGAAAGCGACUCCACGGAUAAAUGCAUUGAUAUGGGCCAGCUGGGUAUCUAAUAAACGUAGUUGGUUUUACGAUUAAAUUGCUUUUAGUCUAAAGU